AUGUAUACCCAAUUUCCGAAGUUAUUAAAUAUAGAGCAUCUAGAUGCGGAUAGAGCCCCAUCAUCAGCAAGCGAGUCGAAUGAAGGAGAAACGUUGGAGUUGGGAAUUAAAACUUUAGAGGUGCCUAGACCUAGCUCGGAAGCCUCCCAGAUCUCUGACAGGAGUGGUGUAGCUGAAAAUCGAAUAUCUAGGCCUUCCUCUCGAAAAAGAGGAGCAUCAACAUCUAAAAGACCAAAAUCUGGACUAUUGACAAUCUCUUCAGAGGAUGAUCAGAUUGGCUCAAGAUCCGGAAGUAGGCUGGAUUUAAUCAUGAGCAACAUGGAGGAUUUUAAAGUGCAAGCAUUGGUUAAGGAACAACAACUCGAGAGGGAAAGAAUGCUACGAGUGCGAAAAGAAGAAGAAUUAUUAAUGGCUAAUCGAGAUUUGAUGGAAAAACUCAGAAGACAUGAAAUUGAAGUUGAAUUAAUGAAAGGUCAAUUGAAAAGAAGAAAUGAGCUCUUAGAUAAUCAAAGAGAGGCAUUCUACAAAGAAUUAUUAUUAUUAAGAGAGGAGUUGUUCAAGAAAAAUGGAAAUCCGAGCUAUGCGCCAACAGACUUUUCGUUAUUCAAUUGGUCAAAAAAGAAUAGGUACGAAGAUGAAAUGGAGAAGGACAGUUAUCCUCGUACAGAGGACAUUAUUGACACCGAGCAUCAUACAAGCUCAAUUGACACAGCCUCAUAUUUUGCUCUGAAAGAGCAAUCUAAAAAAGUUCAAGACACUUUAAAUAACUUGAAGAACCUCGAGUACAAGAGAAAACAAGAACUAGAAAGGCUUCAAAAAGAACCAAAGGAAUUAAGAAAAAGUGCAGCUAAAGAUAAGGAAGCCAUUGUGAAACAAAUUGAUGCUGUCGUUGGAGAAGUUCCAUCCGAAGACUUGUUUGCCACUGUUGAAGUCCAUGAGGCAUCACCAAAUGAUAUAUCUCAAGAAACAGCUCCAAAAGAAGAGGAGCUUCCACAAGAAGAACCACCUAAACAAGAAGCAGAAAAGAGAGUUGCAACUCCGAAAAAGACGCCCGAGAUUUUGGUGUUAAGUGACGAUGAGGAAGAAACAAAACCAAACGAAAAGGAAGACCUGACAUCCAUGGAACAAGAACAAGUCAUACCCAAAGUAUUUGAGAUGGAUUUAGGAAGAGACAGCAUUUCUGACCAAACACAAAAGGAAGAUUCUAAGGUGGAAAUUGUGAAGAGCUACGAGCCACCAAAACCAGAAAUUGAAAUUCCGGCUUUUUUGAAAAAAGAUCCUGAAGAAAAAAAGGAGCAAGAAAAAAAGGAGUUGGAACAACUUGAGUCAGAUGUUGAAGUUUUUCAAAAUAAGUACAAUGAUUUAAAGAGCAAAUUGAACUCAGUAAGAGCGAGAUUGGUCUUUUAUAAACUGAGCAAGGAACAGCAACUUAAACACAACGUGGAAGGGCCUAAGGGAGAAGUCACUCUAGUAUUUACCGAUGUUCAAGACUCUACUCGGUUAUGGGAGCUCAACAUUGACACAAUGCAGCAAUCAAUCAAAGUUCACAAUGAUAUUAUGCGUCAAGUGUUGGAUGAGACAGAGGGGUUUGAAGUGAAAACUGAAGGUGACGCAUUCAUGUGUGCCUUUCACACAACAGAGGACGCAGUUGAGUUCGCUCUCAGAGCUCAAUUGCGAUUACUUGAAGCAGAAUGGCCUGAGCAUCUGUACGACUUUGAUCCAGGCCGUAUCGAAUUUGACCCAGAGGAUGCCAAAAACAUCAUCUUUCGAGGUCUUAGAGUUAGAAUGGGAGUGCAUGUUGGAAAGCCAAUUGUGGAACGAGAUCCAAUAACAGGACGCUAUGACUACUUUGGGCCUGUUGUAAACAGAGCUGCAAGAGUAGAGGGUCAAGCAGCAGGUGGUCAGAUUGUAAUAUCCAAUGCUGUGUGGGAAAAAGUUAAGGACAAAUUGGAUACUUUUUCAACUCCAAUAUGGUCUAAAUAUAUGGGAGUUGUUAGCUUAAAAGGAAUGGAUGAAGCUGAAAAUAUUCGAACCAUUCUUCCAUAUUCACUUCGAAAUAGAAAGUUUCCAGAAGUUAAAGUUAUUGUUAAUGAGCAAACAGGGUUGAAAGAGCUUGAAGAAAAACAAGAAGAAUCCUCCUUUAAGCAACUUCAAAAUCAGCUUCAAGUUUUGAAAGCACAACACAACGGACUAUCCCAAAUGAAGGAGGCAGUCAAAGGAAAGAUCCAAUUCAAACUACGGAUGCAAGCUUUGGAAAAAAGUUUAAUGGAAAAGGAUAGUAUUAUUCAUUUCCUGAAAGCGAAAAUUGAUAAUCCUACUGGAAUAGCCCUCGAGGAAAUUGACGAAGUCAUGAAAAGAUAUGACGAAAUUAAGGCAGAAUACUUGGAAAUGAAAAAGUCCUACGAUGAUGCGUAUGAAGUUUUCGAAGAGGACGACCAGCUGGAAGAAAUGUUUCUUGAAGUCACUGACAUGAAAGAUAUUGUUCCUCUGUUGGAUCAGGAAGUGGACUCCUCAUGGGAAGUUCAGAAAAUCAAAUAUGAAAAUGAAUUAGAGCAGGUUCAAAAAUUGAUCAAGCAAAGAGAACGAAGAAUAUUGGACCUCAAGAAAACCCUCAAAGCACUACAACGAUUACGAGAACGAAGAUAUAAAUCACCUUCGAGAAAGAGAAAUGGUGAAUACAGAAAUCUAUCUAAAAACAGGGUAAUUGCCAGUAAGAAAAACGACCCUAAUGCUAGUGGUGGCGCCAAAACAGUUAGACCCAACCAUGUACCUCUUACUCAAACUCCAAAAACUGAAGAACCCAUCCAAUCCAAGAGUCCAUUGAAAGAUACUUCUUCAAAGCCAUCUUCGGCAAGCAACAAGAAGGACAUUUCCUCUCAAAAGAUGAAGAACCUAAUGAAGGCAAAGCUGAAUUCACCCAAUGUGCUUUCACAAUCUUUACCUACCUCCUCUCAAAACAAGUAUCAAAGCAUUCGACCAAUUAUUUCAUCGGCAGCAUCCUCAAGAAAUUACAUUCCAUUGCGUCAGUCGUAUGGCCUUUCUUAUUCAUCCUCUCCUCUGCAACAACCGCCCCAACAACCAAUCGUCCCUUCUUCGAUUGGAGAGAUUACACAAAUUCUUAAAGAUGCAAUUCAAGAAGCCAUUGGUUCAUCGAGUGAUAGUAAGGAUCUGAAUUGGGAUUCAUUUCUUCAAGGUGUCAGCAAGAGUGUCGUUGAAGACAUACCUUCAACCCCUGUGAAACUGGAGCAGCCACAACCACCUCAGGAGAUCUCCAAGAAUAUUAUCAUUUUCGAUGAAAAGACCAAUCAAUAUGUGCAAAUUCCAAAGGAAGCUUUAAAGAAAUGGGGUGUCAUCCAUGCUGCCAAGUUCAUUGCAGAGCAGCAAUUUAAGGCAGGACUCAGUAAGGGUGUUCGUAUCAAUUCGAGAGAAGUAUUGCUCGAGAAGCCCAAGCAGGGUGUCGAUAAGGAAAACAGACCUAAACGAUCCUACUCAAGAUUGUUGGAGAGUUUCUCUCGGCCUAACAUUCCUCCAAGUAGUUCUCUCAUUAAUGUUAAUAUCAUUCACCAAUGGGAGCCAUUGGGUUCACCUUUUCGAAAAGUUCGAGUUCCACCUUCAGCAGAAGAACGAGAGAGAAUUAUGAAUGAGCUCAAGAAUUACUCUCCCUAUGCAAGCUCCGAAUAUUACACCACAUCGACCACAAUGUCUUCAUCCCAGAGAGUGACCACUGGAAGUUCAAGCACCUCCAAUCAGGCCUUGUUUUUACCACGAAUUGUUUCUGGAGGAGGAGAAUUUGAGAGGUGA